UAGAAAAUCAUGGAAGCAACGUCUGAUUGGCAAAUAGGGAAAUCACUCUCCGAUCGAAUGAAGUAUAUGCUGAACAACCAACUGAUGUGUGACGUCACCUUCAACGUCGGAGCAGAUAAGACACCAAUCAUGGCUCAUAAGAACAUGCUGGCUAGUGCCAGUCCUGUAUUCUACAGCAUGUUUGAAGGACCACUGGCAGAGAAAGGAACUGUUGACAUAGCUGACAUAGAACCGGAAUAUUUUAAUAUGAUCUUGCAGUUUAUAUAUACAGACACGAUUACUGUCGAUUCUAAUAAUGUAAGGAACCUUUUAUAUGGAUCAGAAAAGUAUAUGCUUCAGCUGUUAAAAGACGAGUGUUGUGCAUUCUUAACCUCGAAUGUGAAUGUGGAUCAGGCAUGUGUUGUACUGCAAACAGCAUACGACUUCAACAUGGAAGACUUAAAAACAAAAGUUUUAAAUUUUAUUUUCGAAAAUGGAAGUGGAUUCCUUGAUUCCAAAGAUUUCUUACAAUUUUCAGCGGGAUGCUUAAAAUCAUUACUAAAUUCUGAUAAAUUGCGUUGCAAAGAAGAAAAUAUUUACGAGCAAAUGUUAAAGUGGGGUCAACAGAAAUGUAAAGAAAACAGUUUGCCUGCAACGGAUGUGAAUGUCAGAGAAUGUCUUGGCGAUUUGUUAUAUCUCAUACGUUUUCCAGUCAUGAGACCACAGUAUUUUACAGAAGAAGUUUCUUGCAAAGAUUUGCUUACUUCAACAGAGAUAAUAAAAGUGUAUCAACAUUUUAAUGAAAAAACAACGGAUAUAUUCCCUUCAAAUAAGCGGAGUUUUAAAAUCAAGAUUGAAAGGUGUCAAGUGAACAAGACAUCAAGUUGGAGUUGCGGAGGACCAGAUGAUUGUGUUGACUUUAAAACAUCUUUAAAUGCAAAACUUUUUUCAAUUUUUUUGUUCGGAUCGAAAACAUAUUCUGGAACUUAUAACGUAAAGAUAAAUAUCGUGUGUAGUUCUUUCAUCGUAGGUACAACACAAACAACAUUCAUGUCCAGUGCAGGUCAAGAGGUAUAUGAAAUCAUGUUGACUCUUCCUGUCAACAUACUGAGGAAUAAACAAUAUACUAUACAACUUAAUUGCACUGGACCACUAACAUUCAGUGGAAAAUCAUAUAUUCAGAAUAUAACAAAUGAAGAAGGUUUGUCUAUCAACUUUUUGCCGCCAUCCUUGCAAUCGCAAAAUGGCACAAGUGAAGUGAAAGGACAAAUUCAAGGACUUGUCUUUGAUUCGUAAUUUAUUUUCUACUUGAACUUGGAUUAACAACACAUGGACACUUACGUAUAUUUCUAUAUCUUUCGUUAUU